GUGUGUGCGUGUGCGUGCGUGCGUGCUCGGGAAGUUGUGUGUGUGAGGAUGGAGGGCGGCGUGUAGUCAACAUUGCAAAAUGCUACUGGUCGACAAACGAAGAAGAUUGCAGGUCAGCCAGACCAAGAGACUCACUGCCACUAAAACCGGGGGCCGAUCUUAGAAGCUGAGCCCAGCGAGGAGCCUGAGACCUGGGUGCCGGAGAGCAGAGAGCAGCCCGGAGCCCCGCGGUCAGAGAGGACGUCAGAGUCAGGGAGACCGUACUUCCAGUGACAGUGACAGAGGCGUGUACGGGGGUCCAGAUGAGGGAGUGGUCUGAGAUGGAGAUGAUGUCGUCGGGGGGCUUCCUCUCGGUCCCGGACCCGUACGGCCCCCCCGAGCCCCUCCAGUGCUACGACAUGCUGUCAGACCCCCUGGCCUUCCCCUUCCAGGAGCCGGACUUCCAGCUCCUCCCGUACCCCCAGCAGCAGUACCCCAGCGGCCCCGGGGCCCUCCCCUUCCACCACCUCUACGGCUCCACCGCCUCCCCCACCACCACCACCUCCUCCUCCUCCUCGUCCUCCUCCCCCUUCUCCUCCUCCCACCCCUGCCUCCCGCCGUACCAGUACAGCCCCCACUGCUCCGAGAGCCACUUCGGCCCGUUCGGCCCGCCGGCCCCGGAGGCCCCCCAGUACGGAGCCCCGGAGCAGGGGAGCGGGGUCGGAGCCCUGCCCCAGAACAGGAGGUCCCGGCUGGGCCCCGGUGGCCGGGCGAGGGCCCAGGAGGAGCUGUGCGUGGUGUGCGGGGACAAGGCCUCGGGGUACCACUACAAUGCGCUCACCUGCGAGGGCUGUAAAGGUUUCUUCCGUCGGAGCGUGACCAAGAAGGCGGUGUACCGGUGCAAGAGCGGCGGCGGCUGUGAGAUGGACAUGUACAUGAGGAGGAAGUGCCAGGACUGCCGUCUCAGGAAGUGCCGCGCGGUGGGAAUGCUAGCUGAAUGCCUGCUGACGGAGGUACAGUGCCAGUCGAAGAGGCUGAGGAAGGGGUCAAAAGGUCGUCUGGGAGGCCAGGAGGAGGAGGAGAGCACAGAGAGAAGCAGGGUCAGCUCCUCAAACAGGCUGCUAGCACAGUCGCUGUCGUCCAGACUGUCCCGGGACCAGGAGCUUCUCCUGCAGAGGGUUCUGGAGGCCCACCGGCAGUACCGGGCGCAGGACGGGACAAUCAGCCCGAUGUUUGAGUGGCCGUACGUGGAAGAUGAGGAGUGUUUGUUGUACGGAGUGUCCUCACACUUACAGAGAUUGCUCCAGUUCGCCAGGACGUUGCCGGGCUUCGACCUGCUGGAUGUCUCCGACCAGGGCACUCUGCUCUCCGCCUGCUCCCUAGAGGUCAUGUUUCUGCUCUCUGCUCAACAGUUCUCCCAUAACCGGGUCGCCCCCAGCCCAGCCCUCCAGCCUUUCAACAUCUCAACACACCACUGGCUGAAGAGCUUGGAGACCAAGGAAAACAACUGCAGGACGUCACACAAUUCAGAGCCCAGCGAGGACCCCCUGACCUCGGUACUCAGCUUCUUCCACAGCAUGACGGCUCUGAGGGUGACGGACGCGGAGUACGCCCUGCUCACCGCCACCGCACUCCUCUGCUCCGACCGGCCCGCCCUGCACGCCCCAGGCACGGUGGAGAGCCUCCAGGAGGUGGUCCUGGAAGUGCUGUCGCAGCUCUGCGUGUCCCAGGCCAGGGAGACGUGCAGCGGGCCCCAACACUUUGGCCGGCUGUUGGGCAGACUCACCGAACUGAGGACCCUGCGACACAACCACCUCCUGCUGCUCCGACAGCAGCCGUAGCCAAUGGCACGUCAGAGAGCCACCGGGCGACCUAUCACAGGGUGGCCGAGUACACGGACAGCCAAUUAACAAGUGGGUCAAUCACAGGCCUGUAAUUGAAAACUGGGCCAAUCGAAUGCUGUCCGUUUUGGCCUCCUUGUCCUGCUUCAAACGUUUUGUAUUACUAUUGGCCGCUUAACGAUCACUGGGUUAAUGAUUUCAUGAACCGUUAUUUUAUUUUUUUAAGGAUGUUUUUUUUAUGUGCAAGAGUUUAUAUUGUAUAUCUACCACAUAUGUACUUUUAAAUACAUUUAAGACAGUAUUAUUUUUGUAAUGUGACGAGAGAUCUUUCAUAGGCCCUCGCUGAUCAGGUGAGUUAGCUGCAGCCAAUGGGAGCUAAGCCAUAUUGUAUUGGCACAUUUCAACACAACUGACUUUCUAUUAACUAGACACACCCUUAUGAUUAUACAAAGCAGCUGGCAUUGCAACAAGACAUCCAACAGCAAGCCUUUUGUUCGGUUGUCAAAUACCUGUCAUGCCCUAUUGCAAACAUCCCAAGAUGAAAGACAACAGAAACCAUUUGUGAGAACGAGUCAGGUACACAUAACAUUAUGACACAUGUUGACAUCAGUCAUGACAUGACUCCUCCCAUGGGUGGGUCGUUUAUAACAUGAUUCACAUUCAAGCACUAUCGUUUAUAGAGGAAGUAAACAUGGUUAUCUGUUACACUGAAUUAUCAAUAUUGUAUAGCAUUUCUAAACUAUAAAAUGGCAGUUUCCGGCAGAAAAUGCUGAGGGUGCUGUAGUGAAAAGUGAGGUUUGAAUUGUUUGAUUAAAGCCACAUAGUUUAAGACGUAAAGAAAUGUUAAAUUGCUUAAGUGAAGGGAUUUGAACAGUCUAAAUGGAGUAAACAAUGUAAACAUGCACAUCAUUUAAAAAAAUGUACAAUGGUUGGAAACAAAUAAAGUGAAGUUUAACAAUAUUCUCUCAAAUUUUUUAUACCUCCUUUUUCUAAUUUUUUUUUUCUCUCCGAAAGAAUAAGAAAUAGAAAAUAUAUUUGUACAGAAUUAGAGCGCUUCAUGCAGCACUCUAUAAUUAAAACAAAACAGCCAAAGGGUUCCAAAAAAGUCUUUUAAUAAGAGUUGUUAUCAAUGAGAAAAAUACUGAUUCAGAAAAAAACAAGUAUUUGGCCAGUAGGUUAAAAUCUGCAGCCCAUAAACGUGUCCCCAUGAGCUUCAUAUUGUGGAAACCGUCAAUAAAUAAACUCUAUUCAAGUUAAAAACACCUCAGUAGAAACAUUUGCAAAGAAAGAAACAAAAAACACAGGCUAUAUUGUUCAAAAAAUCCUUUUACAUUUCUUUUUUAAAUAAAAUAUUUUAUUCUCAAUUUCAACCAUUAUGGCUUUCUAUAGCCUUCCAUAAAUAAAUUAUUUUUUCUUUGUAUAUAAAAAAAAA